GUGACGUCACUGUAGCGGCAACUCCCGAUUGGAUAAAAUAGCAACAGCUGAUUUACAUCUGAAGUGCAUGGCUACAUAAAUCGUGCUAUAAAAAAAAAAAAGUGAAUCGCCUGGUAUCGCCUCCCUCCAUUGAAUUCAACGGUGUGUUGUUUCUUGUUGAGGAGUUGAAGUACCGGAUUUCGGUGAAGAGUACAAAAAGUCAAAGAAGUUAAUUUUUGCCUCUGGUAUUUUGACGAUGAAACCUUUUUCAUAGAUUGGAACUUUCGAUCUAAACCAAGAUUCGCGCCGUACCUGUUGUAUUCUGCAAGAGUAUCCCUUAUUAUAGGCUACAUCAACAUGACUGAACCAAUGUUAUCUGUUUGUUGGAAAAACCACACCAGUGAACUUGCGACAGUAUAUCAAAGUUUGUUGGAGAAUAAUUUUUUGGUGGAUUGCACUCUAUCUGCUGAAGGUCGGAGCCUAAGAGCUCAUAGGCUGGUUUUAUCUGCUUGCAGUCCAUACUUUCAUAAGCUGUUUCAUGAGGAGACUGGAAAGCAUCCAUUUGUCGUCCUCUUAAAUGCAUCGUUUGAAACACUCAAAGCAGUGAUUGACUUUGUAUACAAAGGAGAAGCCCAAAUUUCAACAGUUGGCUUGAAGGAAUUUCUGACUCUUGCUCAGUAUCUGCGGAUCAAGGGCCUAAAUGCUUUUACUCAGGAAUAUGUGAAUAAGAUUGUUUCCAGAAAUUCUACUGGGAAUGUCUACAUUCCAUCUGAGGAUAAUCAAGAUGCGCAGGAGGUUCAAGAUGUUAGUGGUAGCAGGAAGAACAACCUUGAAUAUUCUUCUCAGCCACAUCCCCAUCUUUCAGGCAGCUUUGCAGAUACGGUGCACACACACUCUUCUGUUCCUUUUGAAGCAUACAGUGCAUCGUGUGAGGAAGAGCAGUCAGUGAUGCCACCCCAAGAACAUCAGAGACCUGUGGGAUGUAAUGAAAUGUCUGAAGACACAGAAGUCACUGUAAAACAUGAACCUUUUUUUUCUGCCUAUUCAGAGACAAGAAACAAGAAAGUGGAUAAUAUUAAACAGAGUGAAUCCAUAUCUGAAAGUUAUAUGAGUGAAAUGGAUGGAGGGUCUACUUUUGUAACUGGUGAAGAGGAUUUGCACCAGUAUCCAAUUAAACCAGAUUAUCUUGUGUAG